AUGACGGUGCCAGCACCCCCGCCGCUUCCCACGCGGUUUCCGUGCUGGUGCAGAGCAGUCUACUCUUGGGGAGGCGAGUCAAAACGCGACCUCGGAUUCAUGGAGGGCGACCUGAUCGAGUGCCUCAACGCCGGUGAUGGCAGCUGGUGGACCGGCCGGCUGUUCCGUGACCGCCGCAUGGUCGGUGCUUUUCCUUCCAACUUUGUCGAGCUGCUGCCCCCCGAUUUUCGUCCCGUCACGCGCUCCACGAGCCCGCUGCCGCCCGCCGGCAACACCCCGAGCCCUAAAAACACCCCUCAAAAGGCAAAGACGUUCCGGAAACCCUUUGAAGCAUACGCCAAGGCACCACACUAUACAACAGCCAAACAGCCCGAGAUCUACAAGCCCGGAUCCUCACGUUCUAGGGAAACGUCGGCGACCUCGACUGGAAGUACGGGCAGCAACAGCGGCAAUGGCGUGCGCAAAGGCACCGGUCAUGUAAACGGUUCCCGACAAGGCAGUGCCGACGGCAGCGUGCGCAACAGUAGCAUUGCACGCGUGCCGAGCCCAUCACCCUACCAUCAGGCCCUGGGAUACGGCGGCGGCUCUAGGUCACCAUCGCCCAACACGCGCAUGAAUAGUUACCAUAAUCCCGAGCUUCAUCACCAGCCGCUUUUCCACCAGCAACAGCAGCAACCACCACUUCCUUCACCAUCACCUGCACAACACUAUCACCAUCAACAUAUGCCCUCGCGGCAGCCGUCACCAGCGCCACCUAUGCCGCUGCAGCAGUUUCGCCAACCGACACCGCCGGAUGAGAAGGUCUAUCAGCCAUACCGGCCCUCGAGUUCGACUGAGCAGUUGGACUCGCCUCCACCACCGCCACCUCCCCAUCGCCAUGCUAUCAGCAGACAAGACUCGACCGGCUCAUAUGAAAACCGUGGAACAGGAAUGAUGGGCAGCAUGCACGGGCUUGAACGUCAUGGCUCCAAUAUGUCUUACAACAGCCACCACUCUGUUGCAGGAUACCACACACCACGCGUGCCGUCACCUGUCCCCUCUCCAGGUCCCGUUGAGUCGGGACUGACACCGUCACCGCUACGGGAAGCCAUGGACGGCGUGAUUGAGCAGCUCGAUGCUCUUGGGAUGUCACGGGACAAUGCAGGAACACCCGAGCCAGUGCCCGUAGCAUUUGAUGCAUGGUCACCGGAGUCGUUUGAUACUGUCAACCAGCGCUCCAGACGAGCUCAGCGCAAAGACCAGAUGCGGCCACAAACGUCCAUGGGCAUACCGCAACCUGUCGACGAAGGCUACGAGACUUACAGCGGCAGUGGCAGUGGAAACUCGUCCCAGGACAACGGCUAUGGCUCUAGCCAGCACGAAGACAAGCAGCAGCUGCCACAGCUCAGUAAUUAUGUCGAGCGAAUGGAAUCACGGCUUCGAAGCAUGCACCAGCAACACCAACAGCCCGAGUUCGACGAGUCGUUUGCCGACAAUGGAGCGCCCAUGCCGCCUCCCAAGGCUCCCGGUCUCUUUGAGCGACCCAAGUCGUCUAUGGGUGGUGGAGGCAAUCGUGGUUUUGGUGGGGAAGAUGAUGUGGACUCGUUCAAGCAGCAGCAGUUGCGCCAUCGGCGAUCGGCUUAUGAUGUUGGCCGCCAGGUUCUCAACCGCACGUUCACGACGAAGACGAACUCCACCAAUGCAUCUGCUGGCAACCGCAGCACGACCACCAACAGCAGCACCAACACCCAGAGCACAAACCGCAGUCUCAUGAGCGGUGCAUCGGCCAGUGCCUUUAGUGCUACGAGCGCAGGCAGUCUCGCCCGCAAAAACCAGAGCCGUGCCCAGAGCGCGUUGGGAAUGAGAGAGUGGGACGGAGACCGACCUGACUCCCCGUUUACCGGCGUCACCUACCACAGCAGCCAUGCUUCCGACUACCAGCAGAACAGUGCAGCAAACCGGCUCCGGUCUAAGUCUCAGAUCGGUUUCCACAGCGGUGUCGAUGAUCUCGGCGGUCUCUCGGGCAUUGGCGGACUUACACAGCCCAAGUCGACAGUUAAGAAAAGCAACAUCUUCAAAAAGAUGAUCGAGUCCGCAAAGACCGGCGUGGCUAGCAGCCGUGGCUCCAUCGCCAUGACUGGCUUUGGAAACACGGGCAUCAGUGGUGUCGGAAGCCACAAUUAUUCUCAGUCAUCGCCGAUGAACAGCCUCGCAUCGCCCUUUUCUGUAGGCUACGGCCGCGAUGCCGCUAGGGAGAUGGGCCUGGGAGCCGCUGGCGGCGGAAACGGCGUGGAUUGGGUGCAGGUCCGGCGAGAUGUGAACCGUUCCAACUCGCUGAGCCGGAUUGAGCGAAACGAGCGGCGUGACCGAUGCCAGAUGCUCGACUACCCCACGCUCGAUCCCGUUGAUGAGCUCUAUAACACGAUCGAAGGUGACGAAGGGGCCGACGGUAUGCCCGUGGCGGAGCCCACCAACUACGGCGCUCUGAACCUGAGCCAAGUCGACAAGAACUCGCGCUUCAUCAGCAGCCUCCCGCCCAUGACGACAGCCAUUACGCUGGCCACAACGUAUGUGUGUCGUCCGUACCGGAGUGAUGUGCAGCGUCUGCGCGCCAUCUUCACGUGGGUGUCCGAGAAGAUUGUAUGGGAGGACGACUACGAGAUGGGCGAUGUUGGUGACGGGGGCAUGGACACGCGGAAGGUCAUCCAGUCCAAGCGAGGCUGUGCUGAGGAGUACGCCGUGCUCGUGGCUGAGAUGUGCGCGGCGACCGGCUUACCGUGCGAGGUGGUCCGUGGCUACUUGAAAGCACCAGGCGAUAUCCCCGAGCUGGGCAUCAUGCCACGUGCAAACCACUGGUGGAAUGCUGUCCUUGUCGACAACGAGUGGCGCAUCAUGGACACCUGCUUGGCCAGCCCGUCGUUCCCCCGCCGCUCUCAAUACUUGAGUGGCGGCGGCAGCAGUACCACGGCCGAUCCAUGGUGGUUCCUCGUGCAGCCCAGCGAGGCUUGCUACACGCACAUUCCGGAGCAUCACACGCAACAGCACCUGUGCCCGCCUGUCGCGCACGAGAUCCUUCAGAAUCUGCCGUGCGCUGGCCCACCCUACUUCCGCAACGGACUCCAGCUGAUGGACUUCAACACAUCUCUGCUGCGCAUUGAGGACCUCGAGAUGGUGCACAUUCGGUUCAGCGUACCCGAAGAAGUCGAAGUGGCUGCCGAGAUUGAGGUGCGUGCCCUGUCGAGAGACGCGGACGGCGACUACUUUGAGAGCGGCGAUGUUCUCAAGAAGCGGGCCCUGGCCCAGGCCGACUGGAUUGCUGGUGGCAUCAAGCGGUACACGGUGAAGGCCCUGCUUCCUGGCGACGAAGGCACGGGCAUUCUCAAGGUGUACGCGGGCCGCCGGGGUCUGAUGCAUAGUAUCAAGGACAUCCCGCACCCGCUAGCCUUCUCGCUGCCGGUCAUCCAUACGGGGGAUAACCCGAGCUACGAGUUUGUGACACGUCAUCCGACGCCGCACGCGCAACGGCACGACAUUUACGUGGUGCAGCCACAGUGCCAACGCCUGGCACUCAACAACACGUUUGUGUUUGCCAUUCGGCAGCACCCGAGCUCGGUCGGUGGCGCUACACCCAUCAUCCCGCAGAACAGAGCCUCGUCGCCCUCGCCCUUUGCGCGCCCGUCAUCGGCAAUGAGCAUGCUCUCGAGCAUGACCGGCAGCAACCAGCUGAACAACACGAUUCCGGCGGGGAGCGUCAGUGGCAGCAGCAGCAGCAGUGGCAGCGGGAGCACGAAGAAGCCGGCGAAGCUCGCCAUCCAGACGCCCGGCGGCAAGAUCCUGCGUCUGAUGCGCAAGGAGGAUCGCAGCAAGAGCAAUGGCAUCGGCGUUGGAGGCCGUUCGGCGGCCAUGGGCAGUGGGCUUGGCGAGGACGACCCGGCCGACGGCGGCACUUGGGAGACGAUCAUCAAGUGCAGUGAGCGUGGCGUGUGGCGCGGCCUGGUGCUGGCCGACCGCACAGCUCGGUGGUGCGUGUUUGCGGAGUGGGUGUGUCAUUGA